UCCUCUCUCCUCUCUCCUCUCUCCUCUCUCUAGGUUUUUCUGUUGCAGCUGCUCAAUUUAACAACCCCCAACUCCCUCUGGCCCACAACCCAGAUUCCAAACUCGUUAGUUCAUCUUUCUCCACUAUGCUAAAGCUUUUUUUUUUAUUUUUUUAUUUUCUCCACUAUAUAUAUAUCACCUCAGAAGAGCCCCUCCAAGACUGGCCAAACAAGCUACUUUCUCUCCUCUACACAUCUACUUCUUUCCUUAUAGAUCAUGGAGAACUCUACUACUUCUAUGAGCAAACCCAUCUCACCUAAAUCAAGAACAGUGGAUAAUUCUGAUGAUGAGGAGAGUAGUUGGACUUUCUACUUUGAAGACUUCUUGUGUCGCAACAACAAUGAUGAGAAAAGCUCUUUCUCUUCUGGCCAUGAAAACCCUUCUUUGGUUUCUGAUGCUGCUUCGGCGGCUGCAGCGAAGAAGUUUUUGGAUAAGGAUGAUCAGGUUAUUGGAGCGUUUUCUUGCGAUAGAAUUAGUGAUAAGAAUUUGAGUUUCAAGAAGAGGAAAACUAAGGGGGGUUUGGUUAAUGAUGCUUUGGAGGAUACUGCUAGUUCUCCUGUUAAUAGUCCCAAGGAAAAAGGCAAUACAUCUGGGCAGACAGAUGGGAGAAGUGAAUUGGGUAUUGUUGGAAGGGAUAGCGACUAUACAGAAUUGAAGAAAAGAGGACUUUGCUUAGUACCUCUUUCUAUGUUAUCAAACUAUCUUGGUUGAAAAACUUCACUCUUCAAUAAUAUACACAUACAUAUAAGCACCUCUCUCUCUCUCUCUCCAUGGAGUUAUAGCCUGUACAAUUGCAUCAAUAAAGUCAUGUUAAUGUGAUGCUGAAUUCAAAUAUCUAAAAGAUAUAUGAAUUUUGUUAAUUAAAGAGUGGUACACUUGUUACAUGUUAUAAAGAAUGUAUAAUGUAUUAAGUAAUAUGAGAAAUUAAGCAAAAGGCCAUUUUACUAUUAAAAUAGCAUUUCAUGAAAUCUACCCUAGAUUCCGUGUAAUCCCAAGAGAAACCAAGAUGUAAAAAGUGAAUGUGCUGAGAUAUCUUCUUUUUUCUA